CUAUAUAUGUGUGCAUAUGCGUCUGAUAAAUCUCCAACAUCUGAUCAUCUCUCCGCAGUGAUCUUAAUUUGUUGGAUUACUUGCAGCGAUGGCCAUGAUCGGCAAAAGCAGCUUCCUCCUCUUCUUCCUUCUCUCGGCGCUGGCUUGCACCGCGCGAGGCCAGGCACUGUCGCCAUCAUUCUACAGCCGGACCUGCCCAAGUCUCCAGUUCAUCGUGAGCUCGGUCAUGACUACCGCCGUGCAGAGAGAUCCGAGGAUGGGCGCCUCCAUCCUGCGUCUCUUCUUCCAUGACUGCUUCGUCAACGGAUGUGAUGGAUCGGUGUUGUUGGACGAUACUCCGUGGUUGAUCGGAGAGAAGAACGCGGGCGGGAACAGGAACUCCCUGCGCGGCUUUGAAGUCAUCGAUGCGAUCAAGGCGAGCGUGGAAGCAGCUUGCAACGCGACGGUGUCGUGUGCCGAUAUCUUGGCUCUCGCGGCUCGUGAUGGUGUCUCACUGCUUGGGGGACCGACUUGGCUGGUAGAUCUAGGGCGGCGAGACGGGCGGACGGCGAGCCGGGCGGCGGCGGAUUCCAAUCUCCCGGCGUCGUCCUCGAGCUUGGCGGGGCUCAUCGGGCUGUUCGGAAUCAAAGGGCUCAGCCCCCGUGAUCUGACUGCGCUGUCCGGCGCGCACACGAUCGGCCGAGCUCGGUGCGUCAACUUCCGCGGUCACAUCUACGCCGACAGAAACAUCGACCCGAGCUUCGCCUCCUUCCGGCAGCUGAGCUGCCCGGCCUUCGGCAGAGACGACAACUUGGCUCCGCUCGACACACGGAGCCAGGACCUGUUCGACAACGGGUACUACAGGAACCUGGUGGAGCGCCGGGGACUGAUGCACUCCGACCAGGAGCUCUACAACGGCGGAUCACAGGACUCGCUGGUGCAGCUGUACAGCGUCAGUACGUUCGAUUUCUUCCGUGACUUCGUAGCAGCGAUGGGGAAGAUGGGCAACAUUGGCGUCCUCACAGGAAGGCGAGGAGAGAUCAGAUUGAACUGCAGAAGGGUAAAUUAAUUAAUUAAUGGCGAUACCCAUAUAUCGUCUCAUUGAUCAAAAUAAUUUAUAUUAAUUGUGGUGUGAAUGCUUCUAAGGUUCUUGUAUCAUCGUCAGCCGUCAUGUUCAAGUGGGGCGGUUGAUUAAUUGGUUUAUCCAUGAAUACGUGUAUUCUUUUUCCCAGUUUAUUAUUGGAUAAAUAAAUAUAAUAUUGUACGUUUCAUUAAAAAAAAAUGCUUGAAAAGUCAUUUCAAUACUAA